AUGAACACAAAAGUACAAGCACGUCGUUUUCGAAACCUGGUCAAAGCAGUUGAUGGUAUUUUAAAUGAUGGACUCGGCCACAAAGACAAGUAUAAUUUCUUUUUGAAUAUUGUGGAACGAUUGGGCCGACUAGACCUUGACAUAGAGGAGUUGUAUGUAAGUUUUUGACUUAUUUGUAAGUAGUUUAGAGAUCUAAAUGUUUUGAUGAUUAUUUUAGGUAAUUUUAUAAUAAUUUUUUUAUUUAGAACACCAAAAUCGCGCUCAAAAUUGACGAAGUUCAAAAAACUCGUCCUGACGACGUUAAACUCAGAGAUUCUGUUCAUCAAUUGCUAUUGAAAUGGAAGAAAGUUAUAGAUCAAAAUUUGGACGAGAACGGACAGCUUCGUAUUCAACGUUACACCUUGAAGAAACCUGUGGGGAAGGUCGUUUUUUGUGUGGACCGUAAUUGGAAGUACGAAGCUGAGAGUGAAGAUGGGAUUCUGAAGGUUGGAACAAAAAAGAGAACAAAAAGAACUGUUCGGUUUGGUAACGAUGAUGCUGAUUCUGAUGAUGAAGUCUCUAGGAAGCGAGAAAAGCGUACGUUUUUCCAAUAUUUUAGAUAAUUUAGGUAACAUUUUGUGAAGGUUUUGAAUUUUGUAAUGAAAACUUGUUUUAAACUUUCGAAAAAUUGCUUAUGCUUUGAUGUUUAGAGUUACAAAAGUUUUAUUGAUUUAAUCAGAUAAAUAAUUUUAGUUAACAAUUUAAUAUUUUUCAUUUAAAAAUUUUUAAAAGUGCUUAUUUAGGGACUGUCAAACUGCCAAAAGAUGUAGGUUUACCGGCUGAAAAACCUCCUGUGAUCCUAAUGACUUCAUCUCAAGAAGUUGAAAUGGAAAGGUACAAACAGACAAAAGAAGAAUGGAAGAAGGAGUUUGAAGCGAGGAAACGAGCUGCCAAAGAAAAGACGAGGAAGGAGUUUUUCGAAAUGAAGCGGAAGAAAUAUAUGGAAAUUGAAAAAACUGCUCAAAGCCUCAAUUUGAAUAUGUCCAAUGAAGAUCAAGCUGUGGUAAAGGAUCAAAGCGCGGCUAGAGUAAGCCAAUAUGCGACUGUUGAUGAAAGCAUGGUCAAUGAAAGACAGAAUGCGGUUGAUGAUGACAAUGCGUCUAAGGAAGGUCAAUUAAUGGCUAUGGAUCCGACUUUGGCUAUUGAAAGUGUAACUUCGGCCAUGGAUGGCGUGAAAGUGGAGUCAGCAAGCUCAAGCCAAAAUGUCGAACAGCAGGACCGAAAAGACAAUGAACAAUACCAAAAACCAGUAGAAAUUGACUUUAUAGAGAUUGGUGAUACUGAUGAUGAAAUAGAGGUUGUUUUUGAAAGCUUGACUGAAAAGAAAAAGAAGAACAAGAAAGCAAAGAAGGACAAAAAGAAGGCUAAAAAUGAUGGUAAUGCGACUGAUAUGGAUGAAAUUGGCAAGGAAAGUGGUGUUUCUGGUAAGAAGAAGAAAGAAGGUAUUCAUAAAAACAAAAAAGACAAGCGUAAGCACAAGGACGGUAUUAAAAAAUCCAAGAAAAACAAGAAAGAAGAUGGUGAACACGGUAAAAAAGGAGAUGUUAUUGACGAGAUGGCCCAAAAGUUGGAGGAACAACAAGAAAAGUCGACGAGUUUGGUCAAGAAUGUGACGGAGAAUGUUGUUGAUGGCAAAAUUCGAAAGUAUACUCCAUUCGCAAGGUUAGUUUUAGGUGCCUUAUGAACUUACAUAAUAUUUUUCGUUUUUAGGUGCAAAUUUAGCGUAGUUUUGCGAAAAAAAUAUAAUAAAAAUGAGUAUUCUAUAUGAUGAUAACGAUAAUUUUAGGUCGAAUCGAAUGAAGGAUUUACUGGAAUCUCCAUUAAAAAAGACGGACGGAAUGGAUGGCAGAAACAGGAUGCUUCUUAAUGCUCAAGUUGAUGUGGACAUUCAGGACGAAAUGGAUCCGGAAACACUGAAGAAGUUAAAAGCCUUAAUUAAGAAGUCUAAAUUGUUAAAAUCUGGAAAUCGUGAAUCUGAUCUUGAAUCUGGAGAAAUAUCAGAUGCUUCAGAAGACGAUUUACUUGAUGCCGAACUAAUGAAGAACGCAGCCGCCAUGUUAGCGGAUUUAAAAAACCCACAUUGUACGGAAGAUGUGAAUCAGACCACGUGUGACGAUGAAAUAGAAGCCAUGUUGAACUCGACUGAAACUUUGACUGAUAUUGACUUGAAUAACAUUGCGAACGCCAUGGACAACAUUAAUGAGGAUGAUCUGCUGGAUGUUGGCACAGCACAUCAGAAGUCGCCAGAAUCCAACGACAAGUUCGACGAUCUAGCUGAAAUUCAGCCAACGAGUGCUGGAUUCAUGAAGUCGGUUACGGAGACAUUGGCCGGUGAAGAGGACGAUGCUACACGACUUCUACAGGUGUACAUGCUUGGCUCGGAUGACUCGAAUGCCAGCACGGCCGAGAAUGUUAAAAUGGAGACGUUGAAGGGAUAUGUAAAGGAAAUGGAGGAAUCUGAACGAAUCUACAAUGUUAAGAAUAGUAAAAGUGAAGAUGUUAGUCGAACUAGAAGUGAUGAAAAUCUUAAUCGUGGUAAAAAUGAUGAAAUUAUCAGUGAAGAUAAAAUUGAAGAAAUUUCGAUGGCGACAGCUUUACUAAACGAUGACAGUAAUGACGUAAACUUGGACCUGGACGAACACUUGCGACCACAAUAUGCAAUCAUUAAAAAAGCUCAAGGCUUCUUUACUGGACAAAGCCAAGAAGACAUCUUAACCGUAACGAAUUGUGUUCAACAUCUUGUACGAGCUGUGGCCAAGAAUAUGGAGGACGAAUGUUAA